AUGAUACCAGAUCAAGAACCUCACUAUCAAUCUGAAGAACACACAGAGAAAGCUUUUGCGGAACGAAUCGAAGCUCUACGUGCAACCAUUCGAGCCAAGAUUCCAUCCGGCUGCUCGCUCCAAGCCUUUGAAGAUGCCUGCAAGUCUUUCGAAACGAGUACUGCCUCUCAAAAGAAGGCAGAAGAUUUGCUGAAUGCGCUCAAAAAGGCCAAAACGGAUGACGAUCUUAUUAAGAAGGCACAGGCGGUUGUCGAUCAAUGUAAAGAAGCACUUGAAGCAAUGUGGACAGUGGAGAUUGAAACAGGCCAGCGAUUGAUUAACGAUUUAGACUUGUUGGAGCUUGAAGAAGCUCUGCUGGAAUGCACCAUCUUGGUGCAGUCGACACCAAAGGGACUAGCUGACUUUUGUGCCCAAGACAAGGCAAAUAUCAAACUGGUGGAUAAAUUUCUAUCCAACACGGACUGGAUGAAACUCAUGUUGUCCAAUGGAGGCGCCUCGGCAGGAAACUACGGGAGAGCCAUCCAAAUCCAUUCCGAUCUACUGGAACAAAUCCAUGACAAUUCUACAGAAAUACGCCGCAAAUUGGCUCUGGCAAUUGCCUUGGAGCAUGCUACCCCCAUAUGCUACAGAUUUGAAAGCGGCCAAUGCAUUGAUCCCUCCACAAGGUUUUGGCAUUACAUACAUGCGCAUGAAAAGGGCGAAUUGGACUCCAAGUUUGAAACAUUUACCGUUUGGGAACUCCGUCUAGUAGUAGAUAGUGAUGCUUCCGAGGAAGAAAUGCAGUGGGGUCGAGACUACUUGAAAGCAUACCGCCCAGAUCAAGUUACAUCUCCAGAUGACCACUGGAAAUAUAUUUGGACUGUCCGUACAGAUAUCAACUAUCAUCAUCCCGAACAUGAUUUCUUUUCCUACAAAAAUUUACUCAGCGCUGGAGGUGUUUGCGGAGCACGAGCUUGGUUUGGACGUUUUAUAGCCAAAAGCUUUGGUAUGCCAACAUGGGGUGUCAGGCAACCUGGUCAUGCUGCAAUUUCUCGCUGGACUCCGACAGGCUGGAUGACCUGUCUUGGUGGUGGAUAUGUAGCCUCACGAUGGAAUGAUCCUCGAUACGGAAGCCGAGGAGAACGACUUGGCCUCGAUUUUGAAGAAGAAACCAAGGCUCGAAACAAUGCAUGUCCCUGCGACUAUUACAAAAGCAUGUGUUUGCUGGAGUGCUUGGCAGAUAGUCUAGGGGAAACCGUCAUGCAGGCUAUUGAUUCCAAGAAAUGUUGGAGAUCCCUUUCUCUGGUGCAGCGUCGAGUCUUUGCCGAAAGUCCAAAGGAUGUAGUAGGUGAACUAAGCAGAAAUGUGGCUGCUUCUACCAUUAGAAAAGACACUACUCCGUUGGAAUCUAGUUGUGAUGAAACAGCAGGAGACGUGGUGGUUCAGCAAGACAAGUGCUACAUCAUUCCUGCUUCGAGUUUUACGAAUCAACCGUCCAAAGCCUUGCUGGUAAUGCCCAGUUUUCUGGGAGGAGAUCAAGUCCACUUGAGCUCUGCCAAGUACAUGGGGGAUGACUCGGCAUUCAACAAGCUGCAGGAUCAGGGAGGUAUAAUGUACACCAUCCCCAAGGAGAUUCCAAAAGGAUUCUACACUCUAUCGUUCAAGAUUGUUACGGUACACCGCUUUCAACCAGUCCUGCACCUUGCCGUUGAAGGCUUUGAAGAAAACUUUGACGCCGUUGAUAUUCAUGAAAUUGAAAUUCCAUAUACCGUCGGAGCCUGGGGAAAGACACAAGAGGUCAAGAUCUUUCUCAGCCCAGGGACUGUUCUCAAGCUUUCUCGGGAGAGUCCAUGCCAUGGCUUGACCAUGAAGGAACUCGUUUUGGAGCCAGUUUCGUAG